AAUUUCCCCCCGAAUUUUUUCAUAAAAACAACAAUAAAGUUCCAUUUCGCAGCUGUAUUUUGAUUUUAAACCAUCUAAAACUGUGAUAAUUAAUCAAAUAUCUUGAUUUUACGCAAAUAAAGUUUUAAAUAAAUCAAAAAUUGCUUUAUAAUCAAUCAAUUCCCAAAAGAAAUUGGGAUUAAAAAAAAUGGAGCAAAAAGAAACUACGACACAACAAAAAAGUCCAUCAGCAGAAAAUUCUCCAGAAAGUGUCAAUAAUGCUAAAGAUAAUAGUCCAUUAACACCUUCAGCUAAUUGGUGGGGUGGUUGGAUAUCACAAGCUAAAGAAAAGUCAGCCUCAGUGCUUGAAGCAGUGAAGAAUGAUUUGAAUGAGCUCACGACGGCUGUCACCGAUACUUUCAAUAUUGCCGCAACUGAUGAUGAUGAAGAUGGAUACGAAAAAGUUUCACCUGAAGCGGAAUCAACGCAAGCAAAACCUUCACAACCUAGCACUGUCAACUACAUGAAACAAAGCUUAAGUUCAUUCUUUGGAAGUGUUACUGAUGCUUUGAUUCCCCAACUUGAUGACGACGACGCAUCCGAAGCUGUUCUCAUUACAUCGGAUGACACAAUUGUAUUAUCAGGUUUUGCAAAACAUUUGGCUGAGUUACAAAGCAACGACGAAACGUACUUGGAGGAACCCAGUAAAACAGUUGAAUAUGCGGAAAAGUAUCGCAUGUGGUUGGAGAUUGUUGAGCAGGAUCAAUUCACUCAACAAAAAGUCGACAAAAUGCUUGAAUCAUCACAGAUUCUCAACGAAAAAUACAACAAAUUUGUGCCUGACACAGUAUCGCAUAUGAAUUUCUUCAAGCGAUAUUUGUUUAAGAAAGCACUACUGGAAGAUGAUCUGGCGAAUGAAGAGAGAAGGCGUAAGGAAGCUGCUGUUAUCGAAAAGCAACCGGAACCAGUCAUUGUUGUUGAGCCUCAAGUUGAUGUUGUUAAAGAUUCCUCUCCUAAUAAGAAACCAAUAAAAGCUGAAAUGAAUGAUAUGAAUAUUGCUAACUUUGAAUUAUCUGAAGAAGAACAAGCGAAGCUGCUUGAAGAUUAUGAACAGGAAAUUAAAGAGCGAGAAAAGUCAAAGACAGAUAUCGUCGAACCACCAAGUGUUCCCAAAACUGCCAUGAAAGCAUCGAAAAAUCCAUCCAAGUCAAGUUCUAACGUGCAAUCAUCCAAGGGUAAGAAUAAUAAAAAUGUAAAAUUACAACAACAUCAACAACAAAAGUCGACCCAACAGCAAACGACAAAAGGGGGAGAAAAGGCGAAAAAGUCAGCAGAGGAGCUAAAAAUUGAAAAAGAUCAUUUUAAGAAGGAGUCAGAAUCGUCAACAAGUGAUGAGAGCUGGGAGAAGGAAUUUGACAUAUAAAACAACUUCAUCGUGACGGUUUGUCGUUUUGUUUUGCUCUACUUCAAUUUUAUUUCUUUUCACGUUUAAAUAAUUAAACGGAAUUGUUUCUUUUUUUUAUCUUCGGGAAUUUAUAAGAAAUGAAAAUUUAUUGAAAUAAGAAUUAAAAAUUUCCAGAAUAUUUUUAUCCCCAAGUGACGUUAAGAAAAUUUAUUUGAAAAAUUCUUUUUUUUAUACUUUAUUGCAAUUGCAAGUACUUUUUUUGUAGUCUAAAAAUGUUUACUAAAAUUCACAUUUUAAAUUUAUUGAAUAAAUAAAGAAAAUGAAAUAUUUAAUUAAGAAAUGUUUGGCCUCAUUCAAACUUGUUAUCACAUUUGUAUGCUGCUGUAAAAGUCACCAUCAUCAUAAUCAUUAAGUCAACAAAAACUGUUUUAA